AUGCGUCCCUUGCAGCUCUCUACGAAGCAGCGAGUGUUCAUCCGCAUCCCGAGUAUCGUACUUCUUCUGAACUCUUUCUGGGGUCUAUUCGUGGCCAUGUGCCGGGACACCACAACACCCUCCGCUCAGACGUGGCUCCCUUAUCUGCGAUGGUUCGUGCCUGUGCGCCUCCUGCAGCAGGGAACUGACUAUGAAACUCUGCUGUGGUCGACGUUCCUUAGCGCGUGCGUUUCGUACUGUGUCGCUCUGACGGCGCGGUGCCUGCAGCAUACGUCGCAGCGAGAGGAUCCGUUCUCCUUCAACCUGAUUGGCUUUGGUAUCAUGCUCUGCAUGCACUCCAGUGUGCCAGAAAUGAAGCCAAAUGCACAUAUCUAUCUGAUUCUGCUCAUGAGCGUCGUCGAGCUCCUGGGCAUCAACCUGCUGCGCUGUUGGUCGCGCUCGCCCAUAUCGCGUCUGGCUUUCACGUCCGCCCAGAGCCUGGUGUUGCUUCUGCACUACCUGUACACCUCCUUUUGGCCUAAGGAAUAUCCACCCUUCUACAAUGCCUUCCGCUUCUUUGAGGCAUCGACCAUCUUUAUCGUGGUAUCCACGCUAGGCCUGGUCAUGCUCACUCAAUACUUUAGCACGGGGCAUGCAUGGCCGCUCCAUCCAGGCCUCCCGCCCACCUCUCUGCCUCGACCCACAGACGACUUUUACCUGGCCCUGCUGCGUGUCGGGUCCGAGUGCAUGCAAAUGACCCGGCUCCAGGGCUUGGGCCGCGAACUGCCUGCACCACCUAGGCCCCUGCACACGUACGUGGAACUGUCGUCCGACGGCCGUGCCUUUUUGGAGCAUGGUCUGGAAAACCUAGAGCACAUGGCGUCCUCUGGCUGGAAUGGAUAUGCCAACGAGGUGCGCGAUAUACGCGUCAAGGCCCCUGAACGCAUUGACUCUGUUGCCGGCAUGCACGGCUCGGACAAGAUGCAUGCCAUGGGGCAGUUGGCAUGGAACAUCUACCAACUCCUGGCCCAUGCACUGAGCAUCCUGUGUGGCUAUGUAUCGCCAUAUCUUCCGCCUAUACCCCAGGGAUUCCGACGUAUACCCCGCUACGUGCGCCUUUUCUGGCACGGUAGAAAUGGCGAGGCGCGACGCGAAGCGCGCCUUGCGCGCGCCUCGGAGGAGCGGCGCGAGCAAGAGGCUAGGCGCGAGCAAGCGCAAGCCAUGUUCGAGGCCUUCCAGCGUCGCCAGCUCAUUCGCGCGACCUAUACGCAGCAUCCCCAUGCCCCCCCGGCAUGGUCCAGUGCGGACGACCUGGACCCCAUCGAGCUCAUCUCGCUAGCAUCGGAUCUGCAAGAGAAGCCGUUUCAGGAUGUGCUAUUGAAGCACAUGGUGCGACCGGACCACACACCGCCUCUGACCCGGAGCGCCUACCGCCAGAUGUCGCAGGCGGCACAGAGGGGCCUAGCACCGGACCACACCGAAUGGAACCCUACGAGGACGCCUCACGCCCCCUCAUCCCAGUGGGUCCUGCAGGCGCCGACCGCGAGUGACCAGCGCACUCGCGCGGAACUGCUGCGCAUCCUCCAAGCACAGCGAUCGAACAAGCUGGCCGGGAUCACUGGAAGCGAGCUGGAUCGAGAGCGCUCUCGCCUCUGUGUCGUGUGCUGCUGUGAGGAGCGGACAAUUAUCAAUUGGCCGUGCCGAGAGGCACUCUCCUCGACAGGAAAAAAGUCCGAGACCACGGAUCCCCAGGAAGACGCGUCUUCCUUGCCGCUCUGCCCCACAUGCCGUACACCCGUACUGGCCUUCUCACGACUGUUGCCUCGCGACGGCGCAGAUCCCUGGAUGUCGACGACGCAAUUUGAGAACAUCUACCAUGGGAGCGGCAAGGUCCUGGGGCGGAUCCGCUUCUCCGCUGCAGGUCUUGGGUGGAAGCCUAUGGAGGACGGUGCUACCGUGACGAUCCCCGCUGAGCAGAUGGUGUCCUUUGCGUGGUUGCGAGUAGCGCGCCAGUUUCAGCUGCGCAUUACGCUCCAUUUUGAGGGGCAGGCAGAGCGGCGCGCGAUGUUUGAGAACUUCCAGCGCGAGGACCAGGCCAAGCUGGAGCAGGUGCUCCGUGAGUGCUACGACAAGCCGCUCGAGUCCAUUGAGGUAUCGACACGAGGCUGGAAUUGGGGAGCUGCGCAGGUCGAUGACCACGACAUGAAGUUCCUAGUGCGUGACAAGCUGGCGUUCUCCGUGCCCCUGGCCAACAUUGCGAAUAGCAACAUUGCCGGGCGGACCGAGGUCAGUAUGGAGUUCCUGAACGCGCAAGAGCAGGAGCCGGAGCAGAACACGGGCGCCAUGUCGCAGCCGGGCGGUCUUCCUUUCCAUGGUCCGAAGAAGAACCGCACUGACGAGCUCGUGGAAAUGCGCCUGUACAUCCCCGGACACGUCGAGAAGGACGAGGACACCGACGGCGAGGAGAGCGGUGCCGUGAAGAAGGAGGGCGACGACGACGCGGAGGCCGAGACGAAGGGCGACGACGACGCAGACGCCGGCGACGACGAAGAGGAAGAAGAAGACGAGAGCGCCGCGCUCGCGUUCCACAAUGCCAUCAAGGCCAAGGCAGACAUCGGCCAGGUGGCGGGCGAUGGCAUUCUUGUGCUCAAGGAGGUGCUGGUGCUCACGCCGCGUGGCCGCUACGAUAUCGACCUAUUCUCCUCCUUCCUCCGUCUCCGCGGAAAGACGUACGACUACAAGAUCCUGUACAGCUCCAUCACGCACUUGUUCCUGCUGCCGAAGCCCGACGACAUCCAUGUCCUGUUCAUCGUGGCACUGGAGCCGCCGAUCCGGCAGGGCCAGACACGCUAUCCCUUCCUGGUGCUGCAGUUCCCUCGUGAGGAGGAGAUGGAUGCCGAGCUGAAUCUCGACGAGGAGACCAUCCAGACCAAGUACGAGGGCAAGCUCAAGAAGCGCUACGAGGAGCCAACGUUCCGCAUCAUCACGAACCUGUUCCGUGUGCUCUCACAGCAGAAGGUCCAUGUGCCGACAGGGUUCACUAACAGCACGGGCCAGGAGAGUGUGCGCUGCAACGUCAAGGCCAACGAUGGCACGCUAUACCCACUCAACAAGAGCAUGAUCUGGGUCUCCAAGCAGCCCGUGCUCAUUCCCUACGCAGACGUGCACAAGAUCGUGUUUAGCCGCGUGGGUGGUGCGAUUGCCUCGGCCAAGACCUUUGAUCUCCGCGUAGAACUCCGCCACGGCACCGACCACACCUUCCAGUCCAUCAAUCGCGAGGAGCUCGACAGCCUGAACAGCUUCUUCUCUGAGCGCAAGAUCCGGGUCAAGAACGAGCUGACUGACGACGCGAUGGGCGUCAAUGCUACUGUCGACGAGCUCCUGGGCGACGACGACGACGACGACGGCGAGAGGCGCGGCCGCGACGAGUCUGAUGAAGAAGAAGACGAAGACUUUGAGGCAGAGUCAGAAGACGAUGGAGGCAGCCCCUCGGAGGCCAGCGACGACGACGACGACGACGCGGUGCCGUCCGAGGACGAGAAGCCCAAGGUGAAAAAGGCCCGUACGGAAUCGGGCCCGGUACGCCUCCCCCGGUCGGGCGCCGUGGAGGAACAUCUCCGACGACGACCGCCCGCUAUGGCGACCCAUACUGCGGUCGUGAUUCUUGGCGUAGGAGGGCCCACUAGCUCGGGCAAGACAUCUCUAGCGAAAAACCUCCUGGCCAUCUUGCAGCCGCCUGCCGACGCAUCGUCGCCCAUUGUUUCGGUGCAUGCGCUCCAUCAGGACGACUUUACUCCGCCAAAGGACGAGAUCCCGUGGAAUGCUACAUGGCACGUCCAGGACUGGGACACGCCGCACGGAUCUUGCGACUACCGCCGCUUGGAGCGCGUGCUUCAGUAUUUCCUAGAGCAUCACGAGCUUCCCCGGGAUUUUCAGAGCUCGGAGCAUCGACGGAGCAACUAUUCGUGCUCGUUGCCGUCCGAGGAGCUGGCCUUGUGGCGCCACGAGUUCCACGGCCGCGGUGCCUCGCAGCUCGUGCACUCGGCCCGGUACCCGCCCGCGAGGAAGGUGAUCAUUCUGAUUGUCGAGGGCUUUCUGAUUUUCUAUGAUGCUGCGGUGCGCAAACUGUUCGAUAUGCGCCUCUUUCUGCGCGUCUCUAGGGAGACGAUGCUGCGCCGACGCACAGAGCGCCAAAACUACGUGCUGGAAGAUGGCGAGGUAUGGGAAGACCCGCCCUUUUACUUUGAUGAAAUUGUCUGGCCCGCGUAUGUCGAAGCGCAUGGACGCAUGUUUGAGCGGGGCGACGUAGAGCAUGGCGCUUUGGUCAAAACGGCGACGGACGACACCCCAGAUGGCGGCCCUGUCAAGGACCUGGUCCUUCUCGAGGCCGAGAGCUACACAAAAGAAGAAGCCUGCCGAAUUGCCUGCCAGAACAUCCUAUCGUUCCUGUACCAGCCUUUGUAG